GGGCUGCAGGUGGGAGGAGAGUCCGGGAGCAAGUCGGGCUGUUCGGUUCCCUCCACGGCCUGGAAGCGGAGAAGCAACUGGGCUGAAGCCUCUCAGCUGCGGCUGCUGCAGGUUCCUUCCCUCCCCAAAUGGAAGCCCACUGGUGCUGCAGGCUGGGAAACUGGGGGCUGCAAUUUCUGCUGGUGGGAAGAUUGAAAAAGCCUCUUUCAAGUGGAGACAAACAGGAUGGCAAUAAGAGCACUCGGGACAACUGUAAAUAACAAGCAACGUUGAAAAGGGAAGAAAAUCAAGCCAGAAAUCAAAAUAUUUUUCAUUUCUUUCAGAAAACCGCACAAUUCUCCUCCUCCUCCUCCAGUAGCUGUUAGACAAACAAGAGAAAAUCAAGAAAGAUUUCAAACUCGAAUAAGAAGAUUAUGCAGAACUCAAGGAUACAUUACAUGAAAAGUCAGAGGAGAUUAUUUUUCAACCAGCAAAAAAGGGAAAUAUCUGGAAGUCAGUGGGGAGGAAAAGGUCAAUAGUAAAGCCACGGAGUGGAGACAGGAAUGCAGGGCACACCCUGUCAGGAAGAAAAUGGCUUAAAUGGAAGCAUCACUAAACAAGGCGUUGAACAUAUUUUUGACUUUCUCAAGAAUAUCAGCUGUGGAAAAGCUCCAUAGAUUUGCCUAUUGUGGGAAAAGCACAGAUUCCAAAUCACAGCUGAUUAGGUAAUGAGGAGCUAGACAGGAGAAAAGCCAUACACAUUAUCUCAGUGUAGCAAAAACUGGUCAGAACAACUCCCUUGUGGUUCAUGGAAACAACCACACAAGGGGGAAGCCAUAAAAGUGCUCCCAAUACAGUAAAUGCUAUAGUGAGUAUGGCAACUGCAGAUUGUGUUAAAGUUUCAUUAGAAAUUCCCAGGUCCUGAGACACUAAAGGACGCAGACACAGGAAUAAAACCAUUUGAACAUCCUUUCUGUGGGCAAAGUUUCAGUGAGAAUUCCAAUCUCGUGAAGCACCUGAGACCCACAAAGAAGGGAACCAUUUGAAUGUGCUGACUGGGUAAAAAAAUUCAGUCACAAUUCCAGUCUGGUGAUCCAUCAGUGGAUUGACUCCAGGGAGAAACUGUACGAAUGUCUAGAUUGUGGGAAAAGCUUCAUUAGAAAUGUCCAUCUCAGAGACGGACAGGAAACUCAGAGAACUCCACAGGAAAAAAGAAACAUUUGAAUGACCUUUCUCUGGGGAAAAGUUUCCUGAUUGAAACUUCCAGCUUCAACAAAUACCAGACGACUCACAUAGUGGGAAAACUUUCAGUUGUAAUUCAAACCUUGGUGAUACACCAGAGGAAACCCAAAGGAGACUGUCCUAUCUGUGGGAAAAGUUUUUGUGAUAAUUCCAGGCUGGUGAGACACCAGAAGACUCACACAGGAGAGAAACCCUUUCAAUGUUCUGAUUGUGGGAAAUGUUUUAUUAGAAAUUCCCACCUCAUGAGACACCAGAGGACUCACACAGGAGAGAAUGUCCUAUUUGUAUGAAAAUGUUUAGUGAUAAUUCCACAAUGAUGAAACACCAAAGAACUCACAAAGGAGAGAAACAUUUUCAAUGUCCUGAUUGUGGAAAGACUUUCAUUAGAAAUUCCCACUUUAUGAUACACCAGAGGACUCACACAGGAGAGAAACCCUUUGAAUGUCCUAUCUGUGGGAAAAGUUUUAGUGAUAAUUCCAGGCUGCUGAGACACCAGAGGACUCACACGGGAGAGAAACCCUUUGAAUGUCCUGAUUGUGGGAAAGGUUUCAGUCAUAAUUCCAGCCUGGUUCAACACCAGAGUAUUCACACAGGAGAGAAACCAUUUGAAUGUCCUGACUGUGGAAAGGGUUUUAGUCGAAAUUCCCAACUCAUGAACCACCAGAGGAGUCACACAGGAGAGAAACCUUUUGAAUGUCCUAUCUGUGGGAAAAGUUUUAAUGAUAAUUCCAGCCUGGUGAAACAUCAGAAGACUCACACAGGAGAGAAACCCUUUGAAUGUCCAGACUGUGGAAAAGGUUUUAAUGAUAAUUCCAACCUCACAAGACACCAGAGUAUUCACACAGGAGAGAAACCCUUUGAAUGUUGUGUCUGUGGGAAACGUUUCAAUCAGAAUUCCUGCCUGGUAAUACAUCAGAGGACUCACACAGGAGAGAAACCCUUUGAAUGUUGUGACUGUGGGAAAAGUUUCAGUCAGAAUUCCCACCUUAUAUAUCACCGGAGUAUUCACACAGGAGAUAAACCUUUUGAAUGUCCAGACUGUGGAAAAGGUUUUAGUCAGAAUUCCCACCUCAUGAGACAUCAGAGGACUCACACAGGAGAGAAACCCUUUGAAUGUUGGUACUGUGGGAAAAGUUUCAGUCAGAAUUCCCACCUUAUAUAUCACCAGAGUAUUCACACAGGAGAGAAACCUUUUGAAUGUCCAGACUGUGGAAAAGGUUUUAGUCAGAAUUCUCACCUCAUGAGACAUCAGAGGAGUCACACAGGAGAGAAACCCUUUGAAUGUCCUAACUGUGGGAAAUGUUACAGUCAGAAUUCCCAUCUGGUGAUACACCAGAGGACUCACACAGGUGAGAAACCCUUUGAAUGUCCUAUCUGUGGGAAAAGCUUUAGUGAUAAUUCCAGCCUGGUGACACACCAGAGGACUCACACAGGGGAGAAACCCUUUGAAUGUCCUGAUUGUGGGAAAAGUUUUAGUCUGAGUUCCAGCCUGGUGAGACACCAGAGGACUCACACAGGAGAGAAACCCUUCGAAUGUCCUAUUUGUGGGAAACAUUACAGUCAGAAUUCCCAACUGGUGAUACAUCAGAGGAUUCACACAGGAGAUAAACCCUUUGAAUGUCAUAUCUGUGGGGGAAGUUUUAGUAAUAAUUCUAGCCUGGUGAAACACCAGAGGACUCACACAGGAGGGAAACCCUUUGAAUGUCCUGACUGGGAGAAGUUUCAGUCGUAAUUCCCACCUGGUGAUAGGAGGAGCCACACAGGAUAGAAACCCUUUGAAUGUUGUGACUGUGGGAAAAGUUUCAGUCAGAAUUCCCACCUUAUAUAUCACCAGAGUGGACUUCCAGUUGACAUAGCGGCGAGAACGGCUGGAAAAUAGCAGGCUCCUUGUGAAAUCCAGCUGGUAACUGCUGCUGGGGGACCCUAUGGGGUCAUAACCGCCUUGACGGGGCGGUGAAGGUAGGAGAAGCGCUUCGCUGACCACGAGGAAUCUGCAAAUUCCUUGUUUUAGUCCGAAGCAACCUCUCCCAAACGACAGCAGGGACGACUGCCAUUUUUCUCUGGGACAAUGGGACCACAAGAUUUGUGCUGGAGUGGUGUAUGGACAGAGCAUUGAAACUGGGUGAGAUAAUAGAGACUUUUACCUUAAAGAGCUGAUGCAAAUGCAAGAUAGAUAACUAUCUUAGAUAACCCUAAGAUAGCGGUGGAUUGACACACGGAGAAAAAAACUGCAGACAAUUAAGAGGCAAAAGAAGCCCAAGAGACGCUAAAAAGCAUAGAACGCUUGAAAAAAAAGCUUAGACAAUUUGAAAAGUGAUUCUUGGGAGAAAUUGUUUUGUCUAUUUGUAUUUUUAAACCCCCUGGAUUUAUUGAUAAUCAGCUGUUUUUGACAGACUAUAUAAUGUGAGAUUUGGCAAUAAGAGUACCACCUAUUGGAUGAAGUGAAGUACUACAGCAGUUGCAGCAUACUUAGUGAAAGUGAAUUUAAUAUACACAAAGUCUAAUACACAGAAUAGAAGCAAUAACAUCUGGAAGACGACCUGACCUUGAUUUUAUGUUACGACUUGGAUAACUGAGAGAAUAUCUGAUGAAUUUCUUUUUUCCUUUUUUUUCUCUUCUGAAGACUUCAAAAGGAACUUACACAUAACUAAACAUUAUUAAAAUUGGCUAUUGGAUCAUAGAUUUGAAAGAUUGGGGAAAUAUAGUGGACUAAUCUGGACUUGGACUUUUAAUGUUAUUUAACAGAACACUCUACGAGUCAAAAGAAGAAAGGUGUUAAAGGAAAAGGGGGAGAAAGGAAGAAAAUUUAGACAAUUGGGAAAAUAUAUAAUAGGGAAACUUCAAAGUUGUGAAUUAAAAACUUAAGAGUAUAAAAGGAGGUUUAAAAUAUUGGGAUAUUGGAAUUAUAGAAAUAUAUUGAAUAAUUUUCAUUAAAUUGUCAAAAUGGAUAUAGAGGUACAUGAAGAUAUAAUUUUGAUGAUAAAAAGUAUGAGGGAAUCUUUAAAGAAUGAUAAAAAUGAAUGUAGAAGUUACUCAACAAGUGGGGGGAAAAGAUACUCAAGAAAUAGGUGAGAAUUUAGAAGAAAUUCAAAAUGAGACGCAAGAAGCUAAAGAAGAGAAAGGAAUAAAGAGGAACCAGUUAGAGAACUCCUCAAAAGCUUACAAAAGAAUAGAGAGAAAAGAGAAAAAUUCUCCCCCCAAAAAGAAAGAUUAAAAAAAAAAUCUUUUUAAAAAAAGAAAGAAAUUUUGUUGGGGUGUUCAAACAAUACAGCAGAAACAGAUAAAGGAUAUCCAGAAGGUAAUGUUCAGUAGACAUAAACACAACAAAAAGAGCUUUAGGAUUCCAAGAGAGAGAGAUAAAUGGCUGAUUAAAAAGUCAAUAGAUGAUGGGAUUGUAAAAAGGUUAAGAGAUGAUGGAUACUAAGAAAAUAAAAGAAAAUAUAAGAAAUUACUAAAAGGGAAAAUAGUAGUAUAUGUAUAGAAUAAGUUAAGAUCAAUAGAUGGGAAUUUAGGAUUAGGAAAUUCAGCGGUUUUAUUAAUAUUUAUAGUAUGUUAAAAUAUAUUGUGAAUUUUUAUAUUAAGGAUUGAAAAUUGGGAUUUUGAGAUCUACACCCUGAAUUGAUUUAAUGUUGUUAAUAUUUGGUGUCAUUAGUAAUUAUACACAUUUGGAUGGAAGUUAAUAAUAGCAUUUAGUAGUGGAAUAAAUACAUGGCGUAAAGAAAUAUUUAUGUUUAAAUGAAUUAAUGGGAAAAUGAUAAAAGAUUAUGAAAAGAGAAUAACAGUUGAAAUUGGAAGACUAAGACUAUACAUAUUGAUUUGUAUUAUUGUUAAUAUGGAAAAAGGUUAAGAGAUGAUGGAAAUAAGAAAAUGUAAGAAAAUAUAAAUUACUAAUAGGGGAAAUAGUAGUAUAUAUAUAAAAUAAAGAUUAGUCGAAGGAAAUUUGGAAUUAGGAAAUUUAGACUAUAAAUUUAUUUAUAGUCUGUUAAAAUAUAUUGCAAAUGUUUAUAUUAAGGAUUGGAAAUUGGGGGGACUUUGAGAUAUACUCCGGGAUUGAUUUAAUAUUGUUAAUAUUUGGUGUUAUUAAUAAUCCUACACAUUUGGAUGAAAGUUAAUAAUAGCAUUUUAGUAGGGGAACAAAUAAAUGACAUAAAGAAAUGUUAUUUAUAUUUAAAUGGAUUAAUGGGGAAAUGAUAAAAGAUUAUGAAAUGAGAAUAGUAUUGUUGAAGUUGGAACAAUAGGAUUACACAUAUUGAUUUGUAUUAUUGUUGUUAAUAUUGUUUAAAAAAGACUUGACCCAGUCAAUGUACAGUCCACAAAAUAUGUAUGUUUAUAUGGAAAAAUUAAAAAAAUUGUUUAUAAAAAAUA